AUGAGAACAUAUACAAAGAGGGAUAUUGUGAGGCCAGGAGCAACAAGGUUUGCAACAUUUUUCCUCACGCUACAAAGUCUUUAUGAGAAGAAGGGGCAACUGAAGAGCAUGUUUAACAGUGAUCAGUGGCAUGAUUGUAAGCAUUCCAAGUCUGUAAAGGGUAAGACUGCAUCUGAUACUGUGAUGAGUUAUGCAUUUUGGAGUAGUUUCAUGGUUAUUUUGAAAGUAUUCACCCCUAUGGUGAAGGUUCUUCGGUUGGCUGAUGGAGAGAAGAUACCAUCUUCUGGGUUUGUUUAUGGUGAGCUUUUGGAAACUAAGAAGUCUAUUAAAGAAGCUACUGACCAUUUGGAGAAGAACUAUCAACCUAUAUUCAGGAUCAUUGAUGAAAAAAUGAAAGGAAGGCUGAAUUCUCCUUUGCAUAUGACUGCUUACUUCCUCAACCCUUAUUAUUUCUACAAAGACCCCACUAUCCAGUAUGACAUAGAAGUUUCAGAAGGAUUCAUCAAGUGUGUGGAAACUUUCUAUCAUGGAGAAUUUGAGAAACAAGACUUGGUUGUUAAUCAUGAGAUUCGUCUUUACAAGAAUAAAAGUGGUCCUUUUGGUAGAAUGUUAGCACUAAAAGGAUGUGAAAAGAAGGAUGAAAAGUUUGAUCCGGGGAAUUGGUGGGCAACAUACGGAUGUGAUGUGCCAACCUUGCAGAAACUGCCUACUAGAAUCCUUGCCUUGACCUCUAGUUCUUCUGGCUGUGAAAGAAAUUAG